GUCAGAUCUCACUGCGGCGCCGCCCGUUUCUCAUGUCAGAUCAUGUUGGUGUGCCAUACCUUCCGUUGCCUGGGGAUGAGCUCCUGGAGAUUCAGGUAACAGGACUUCAUGGAGAUGGAUUCAAUUUGCAGGUGCCAAGACUUCUUAGAGGCUCCGAGCUCCGUCGGAUCCGUGAUCGACUUCCACCCAAGGCUGGAGCAAGAGUCUCAGUGCUGAAAGGAACUGAGAAGCUGUCGUUGAAGAAGACUUUGUCCGAAGAAGGCCUUGUUGAAGGAGGAUCAGCAUUUUUGUCCUACGCUUACGAGGCAGCAAAUCUGCAGGAGGCUUGGACGUGCAUCAAAGGUCUCCCAGUCGAGGAUGAGUCAAUGGCCUUGGAGGGGAUCCUAGAAGUAGAAGGGCUCGAUGAGCCAACUCAACUGAGGAACCUUGUCAGCGUCAAGAGCCUUUCGUUUGGCAAUAUGUUUAACCAGAAUCUCAAAGGGGUGGUUUGGCCCAGCACUCUCGAGAGCCUUCAUAUUGGAAACUAUUUCAAUAAGAGUCUGGAGGGAGCAGCUUGGCCCAGCACGCUUCGGAGCCUUUCCCUUGGCAUUGAUUUCAAUCAAACUCUGGAGGGAGUGAUUUGGCCCACCAGCCUCCACACCCUUUCGUUUGGCGCAAAGUUCAACCAGAGUUUGAAGGAAGUGACUUGGCCCGCCAGCCUUCAGAGCCUUUCGUUUGGCCGUGAUUUCAACCAAAGUCUGGAGGGAGUGACUUGGCCCAGCAGCCUCCAGAGCCUUUCGUUUGGCAGUGCUUUUAACCAAAGUCUGGAGGGAGUGUCUUGGCCCAGCGGCCUCCAGAGCCUUUUGUUUGGUUUUCGAUUCAACCAGAGCCUGCAUCCAGCAACCUGGCCCCACAGUUUGCAGAGUUUUUCAGUUGGCGGUGAGUUCAACCAGAGUUUACAAGGAGUUGCUUUGCCCAGUAGCCUUCAGAGCCUUACGCUUGGCAGAGCCAGCAACCAGAGUUUGGAAGGAGUGACUUGGCCCAGCAACCUCUCUACCCUUUCGUUUGCCGGUGCCUUCAACGUAAGUCCGGCUUGAGUGGCUUUGCCUAGCAGCCUUCAGAGCCUUUCGAUUUCGUUUGAUAGUGACUUACACGAGAAUGUGGAGGGGUUGACUUGGCCGGGCAGUCUCCAGAGCCUUUCGUUAAGUUCCUUGAAACAUAGUUUGCAAGGAGUGACAUGGCCUAGCAGUCUUCAGAGCCUUUCACUCCUUGACUUCAACCAGAAUUUGCAAGGAGUGUGUUGGCCCCGCAACCUUCAGACUCUUUCAUUUGGCCUGAGUUUCAACCAGAGCCUGAAGGGAGUGACUUUGCCCGCCAGCCUCCACAACCUUUCAUUUGGCAUUAAGUUCAACCAGAGUUUGAAGGAAGUGACUUGGCCCACCAGCCUUCAGAGCCUUUCGUUUGGCCGUGAUUUCAACCAAAGUCUGGAGGGAGUGACUUGGCCCAGCAGCCUCCAGAGCCUUUCGUUUGGCCUUGCUUUUAACCAAAGUCUGGAGAGAGUGACUUGGCCCAGCAGCAUUCAGAGCCUUGCGUUUGGCAUGCAUUUCAAUCACAGUCUGGAAGGAGUUGUCUUGCCCAGCAACCUUCAGAGCCUUUCAUUUGACAUGGGCUUCUGCCAGAGGUUGGACAAAGUGUCUUGGCCAAGCGGUCUGGAGAAAUUGACCUUGAACUCUCAUUUUGUAGUACACUUGCGGCAGAGUUCGGAGGGUGUUGUUUGGCCCAGCAACCUUCAGAACCUUAACUUUAGCUCUACUUACAUUUCACAAGGGAGGGAGGACCCAUUUCUGGAGGGAGUUCUUCCCCGGAACCUGCAGAGUUUGGCUGUUUGUUCUACUAAAUUGAGCACAGUUUCUACUGAGCAUGCGGGCACUCACGAGCUG